AGGUAAAGGCGGCGUGCCUCAUCACAUUCACUCUGUCAACUUACCAGGAACAUAUGACGGGCGCAGAGGAGACAGAGCGGAACAGCUAUGUAAGUCGUUCCUUAAUGCCGUCCCUUUGUCUUACCAUCGAAGGUCAUCAAUCGAGAAUCAUUAAUACAGCACGUCGUUGUCGUCUCGUUCCGUAAGGUAGUCUAGGCAAGCUUGCACCCGGAUUUAGCUCGGUUCCUUUCGCUCUGGCUACUCUUAUCUUAGCCGCUGCUCGGCAUCCCCACUGCCAGUACGGUAAGAUAACUCGGGGUAAGUGCUGGUGCAGGUGGAGCUACCUACCUAGGUACCUUACCUAAUACAGUACCUAUUCAGCGCGGAUCCGCAUUCAACUUAGCCAUCCCGUCCGUCACAAUGGAAUGGAAAACAGAGUACCCACUCCACCGUCAUUCUAUUCUCCUCCCAUCACCCACCUCAUCCAACUCACAAGAAUCAGCCUACCAUUCAUUAGGUGCCUUACCUACCGCCUGCUCUGCCUCACAUUACCCAGCUAGUUUUAUUGUGACUCACAGAGAUUCUUACAUGGAGGAAUUAUUUCGCACCACGCCACAGACACCAUUCCACAAAACCUGGCAAUAACGCACCACGCCUGCCUUCGAAAUCCGACCAAAAUCUUGACCGCAAACAACCCCCGCACGCAGUCGCGCCCGAAGACUCCAACCAGCGACGAACACUUCUAUCACAGUUGCAGCAUUUGCAACAAAUAAUACACAAUGCACGAUUUAAGACGCCAGGCGCUCGAGUCGCAUAAGACCGUCUCGAAGAAGGCCCAGUCACGCAUUUCCUCCCGGACAUCCUCGGCGGCGAAUUCGCGUCCAAACUCUCGAACAGUCUCUCGAAAUGUCUCGGAUGAUGAGGAUGGUAAUCUGAGUGAUAGCACAAAUUGGAGGUGAGCGUAGUUGGAUGAAAUGUCGCAAAGUAGCACGUACUAACGUAUUACCUUCAAGUGUCAACUCGAUAGAUGAUAUGCUUUCCGCGACCCUGCCCGAAGACGCUACAGACGUAUGGAUGCAAGAUCUUGGCGAUCGGGUGGAAGAGAUCAUCGACAGGAAGAGGAGCAGUGUCCAGGGCAGAGAAUCAGCGCUCGCAACAUAUGUCCACAUCCUCAUGGGGCACUAUGCAUACGAUCAAAUACAUUCAAAGACUUCGGAGCUGUUUCCAGCAUUGCUGAAAAGUGUCAAAUCGGACAGCGAAAGAGAAGCAUCCCUUGCUUUAAGAGCUAUUGCUCUUUCAAUAAUUACCGUCCCCUCAGAAACAGUCUAUGACUCUAUAUUUCAAACUCUCAAGCGUACAUACUCCGACUCCGAGUCACUCGCCGUAAAGGCGGUAGCAAUCCAUACACUCAGCGCAGCCGCAGUUUUUGGCGGGGCAUCAGACUCGGAGCUCGAAGAAAUAAUGGACGAUUUGCUCGAGAUUGUGGAGUCCGACGGUAGUUCAAUUGAAGCAGCAGACAGUGGCGAGGUUGUGACAGCCGCUUGCGAAGCAUGGGGAUUUCUGGCAACAUCAAUAGACGAUAUGGAGGAAAAGACAGAAGUGGCCAUGGAUGCAUUUGUAGAACAACUGGAGAGCAGCGAUGUCUCUGUCCAAGUCGCAGCCGGAGAAAACAUUGCUCUUCUAUUCGAGAAGAGCUAUACAGCACGGGAAACGGACGAUGGGCCAGCCAGUGACGAAGAAGAUGAGGAAGGUUUACCCAUUGAUAACACCUUCGUCAAGCGCUAUGAAGUCUACCGCCAAAAAGAUCAGCUCAAACAUACCCUCUCCCAGCUUGCAUCCGAGUCGUCACGCCGAAUCGCCAAGAAGGAUCGUAAGGUGCUCCAUACGAACUUCAGCGACAUCCUGAAUACAGUAGAAUAUCCCUUCCGGGGACCGCGAUAUCAAAACGCUAUAAAUGAGGAGACAGGCCGCAGAUAUGGCUCCAGAAUGGUGGUUCGCAUUCAUAAGACCGGUACCAUGAAAAUAGAUGCGUGGUGGAAGUUGCAUAGAUUGCAGGCACUUAGAAGAGUUCUCGGCGGGGGCUUCGUAGUCCACUACGAAAACAACGAGGUUGUUUUUGAUAGUCUUCCCAUCAUGAUCUCGGCAUCAUAGAAAACUCAACAGAUCAGAUGAGAAGACGUGGGGUUUGAAAUUUGGCGUUGUUGAACUUGGAGUCUGGGGACAAAAAAUUGGACUGCACAUUUAUGGAACAUUUUGUUUACUUUGUUUACUUUGGAGGACACAAAAAAUACCCUGGUCUAUGUUUUGGCAUUUUGGGCAUAGUAUGGUAUCUGGGCAUUAAUGUUCACAGUCAAUUGUUACUGAAAUUGUACGGUGCAGUCAAGCAAUAGAAGGCUACACAGAC